UGAAAAAUUCAAUUCUGUAUGUGAGUUCAAAUAAUUAUCUAUCUGUUCAGUGGCUUCUCUUCCAUUAAUGCAUCUCUUCGAGGUUCCGUUCCUUGCCGUGUAGCCAAUCUCGUCGAAGAUUUGGGUUUGCGUCUGGAGGCUGCUUUGGUUCCAAGCAAGGAUUUGUUUAUUUUGAUUUUUUAGAAUUUUGUUUGGCCUGUUUGGAAGCAGUUUUUGGUUAUCGGGAAGGUGGGGGACGGCACGGGGGGGAGGAGUUCGAGGAUUGAUUGGUUUUAGGUUUGAUCAAUUGAAGGAUUCGAGGGGGUUGAGAAAUGGUGUAUUGUUGAAAAUCAGUGGUAAUUUUGGGAUUGGAGUUGGAAGUUUUGGGAAGGAAGAUGUUGUCAAUGACGAUGCCGCCGACUCCGGUAGUUCGGAGCUCUUUGGAGGAAAUGCUGGAGAGUCUCCGGCGAAGUGACGAGACGGAGAAGCCAGGGGACAUGCCGCCGGCUCUGCCGGCGCGGCCAAAGCCGACUCCGCGAGCGCGCCUUCCGUCGGCAAAGCGGCCGCUGCCGACGAGCUUGGAAGCCGGCGAAUCGACGGCGGGUCGGAGCUUGUUGAAGUGUGAUGAGACGAAGGAGAAACCGAAAGGAAUGAGAGCGAGAGGUUUGGUGGUUAAAAAAUUGAAGGAAACUAAGAAAUCCCCUUACGUGGGUUCUGAUGAGGAAGACGGAGACCAGAGAUCGGAGGUUAGAGGCAAUGGCGAGGUCGAGAAUUGUGCCUCGAGAUCUCCGUUGAGGUCGAGAGAUUCCGAGUGGGAUGAUAUCGUCGGAUAUUUCAUCAAAGAGAAACUUCCAGUUUGGUGUCAACUACAUGAUGACCUCUGGAGAUCUGGGCAUAUCCAAUCAACUUCUGGAGAAAAAGCAUCGGUUUUGCUGUCGGAUGGAAGUGUUGUGACGGUUCCCGCUCAAGAACUAUUGCCUACCAAUCCAAGCAUCCUUGAUGGAGUGGACGAUCUUGUGCAGCUUAGUUAUGUCAAUGAGCCUUCAGUUAUUCACAAUAUUCAGUAUAGAUAUUCCCAAGAGAUGCCAUAUACGAAAGCAGGUCCAGUUUUAGUAUCAGUCAAUCCUCUUAAAGAUAUCUACCUGGACAAGAAGGGCUUUGUUGCAGCUUAUAGGCAUAAAAGUGUGGAUAUGCCUAAUGUUUAUGCCAUUGCUAAUGCGGCAUACAAUGAAAUGAUGACAGAUAAUACAAAUCAGUCGAUCAUCGUAAGUGGAGUGAGUGGCUCUGGGAAGACUGAAAUAGCUAAGAUUGCAUUGCUCUGUUUGACGGCAUUUAGUGGAGUCAGUGAUGCAAUAGAAUCUGAAAUCUUGCAAAUGAGCUGUAUACUAGAGGCAUUCGGUAAUGCGAAAACAGCCAGAAAUGAUAACUCCAGCAGAUUUGGGAAGUUAAUUGAAGUCUACUUUAGUGGAACCGGGCAUAUAUGUGGAGCUAAAGUGCAAACCUUACUCCUUGAAAAGGUCAGUGCAUUGGCUAAAGUGAUAUCUAGGGUUGUCCAAUUGGCUCAAGGAGAGCGGUCCUACCACAUUUUCUACCAGCUCUGCUCUGGUGCUCCUUCAGAUCUCCGAGGUAGGUUGAGGUUAAAAAAGGCUUCUGACUAUAACUACCUCAAUCAGAGUGAUUGCAUGAAGAUCCACAACAUUGACGAUGCUCAGAAGUUUCAUACGCUUGUGGAAGCAUUGUAUACUCUCCGAAUUGGCAAAGAAGAUCAGGAACAUGUUUUUGAGAUGGUUGCAGCUAUACUGUGGUUGGGAAACAUCUCUUUUCUUGUAACUGACAAUCAAAACCAUGUAGAAGUUGUUGCUGAUGAAGCUCUUAGCAAUGCUGCCAGUUUGAUAGGCUGCAGUGAGAAUGAACUAAUGCUUGCACUGUCAACCCGGAAAAUCCAAGCUGGAAAGGAUAAGGUCACCAGAAGGCUGACACAACAACAGGCAAUUGAAGCAAGGGAUGCACUAGCAAAGUUCAUCUAUGCAAACUUAUUUGACUGGCUUCUACAAGAAAUCAAUUCAUCUCUGGCUAACAGAAAACACGAUACUGGUCGAAGCAUAACCAUUUUAGACAUUUACGGAUUUGAAUCACGUGAGAAAAAUAGUUUUGAACAGUUUUGCAUAAAUUAUGCUAAUGAGAGGCUCAGGCAGCAUUUUAAUCGACAUCUCUUCAAACUCAAGCAAGAAGAGUACGAGUUAGAUGGAGUUGAGUCAACAAAAGUAGAUUUUGAAGACAACCAGAACAUUGUGGAUCUCUUUGAGAAGAAACCUGAUGGGCUGAUAUCUUUAUUGGAUGAAGUAUCCACUUCCCCUAAGGCUACGGAUUUAACCUUCGCCAGUAAACUUAAGCAGUGCUUAAAUGGCAACAAUUGCUUUAAAGUUGAAAGAGGUGGAACAUUCACCAUUCGCCACUGUGGUGGAGAGGUUCUUUACGAAAUGGGGAAAUUCUUGGAAAAGAAUAGAGAUUCAUUGCCUUUUGAAACUAUUCAACUUCUUCAAUCUUGUGCUGGCCGAAUUCCUCAACAUUUUGCCUCUUCAUUAUUGAAACAGUCUCAGAAUCCAGAAAAUAUGUUGAUGCAGCCAGGAAUGCUUGCUUUUCAAAAUCAGAAUGUUGCCACAAAAUUCAAGGGUCAGCUAUUUAAACUAAUGCAGCAUCUUGAAAACACAAAACCACACUUCAUUUGUUGUAUAAAACCAAAUAGAAAUCAGAUUCCGGGGGUGUUCGAAAAAGAUCAUGUUUUACAGCAACUUCGAUGCUGUCAAGUUCUAGAAGUUGUUAGAUUUUCAAGAUUUGGAUACCCCACCUCCAUGACUCAUCAAGAAUUCAGAAAAAGGUAUGGCUUCCUACUUCCAGAACACAUGGCUUCUCAAGAUCCCCUAAGUAUGUCAAUCGCUGUUCUGCAGCAGUUUGGUAUCCUUCCAGAAACUUACCAAGUUGGUUAUACAAGAUUAUACUUCCGAGCUGGACAGAUUGUUGGCCUGGAAGAUGUCAGGAAAAAAGCCCUUCAAACUGCUCAAGAGAUGCAGAAGAUUUUCCCGGGUAAUCCUACCUGCCAUGAAUCCCAUGAAUUCAAUGGAGCAGCAAUAACAUUGCAAUCAUAUGUUCGUGGUGAAAAUACAAGGAAGGAGUAUGGAAUUUUGGAGAAGCACAGCGCAAUUGUACAUAUUCAGUCCGUGAUUCGUGGAUGGUUGGCCCGAAGGCAUUUUAGCCACAAUUGUAAACCAAACAAAGCAAAUUCUACUCAAGCGAAACCGUAUGGGAGUGUUUCUGAAGUCAAGGACCUGCCACCCAAAUCCUUACCUUCAGUUGUUGAAGAUCUCAAAAGACAGAUGCUGAUGGCACAAGCAGAACUCGAACACAAGGAAAAGGAAAACGCUGAUCUGAGAGAGCAGAUGAAACAGUAUUCGGUGAAGUGGUCUGAGUACGAGAACAGAAUGAAAUCCAUGGAGGAGAUGUGGCAAAAGCAGAUGGUAUCUCUACAAAUGAACUUAGCCAAUACAAAAAAGAAUAUGGGCACAGAAAAUAAGAUAGGAAGGAUCGAUGGAGGAGUCCAAUCACCUCAGUAUUAUGACUCGGAGGACAUGUCUAUGGGAACUCAGACGCCCGGAGGCUGCACCCCUGCAAGAUUGUUCAGCAACGGCGUAGAGGACUUGCCAAUUCGGGAUGCAAAUGGAGUUUCAAACCCUGUUGGCAAUCUGCUGAGGGAGUUCGAGCAAACGAGACAAAACUUCGACGAGCAAGCUGUGACGAUUGUAGAGACGAAGACAGGGCAGUCCCUUGGAGCAAACCCUGUUGAUGAAUUGCGGAGACUGAAACACCGGUUCGAGGCAUGGAAAAAGGACUACAAGAUUCGGUUGAAGGAGGCGAAGGCGAGAGUGCACAGAACGGGGCAGGCUGAAACCGAGAAACAUCGGCGCAAGUGGUGGGGGAAGAAGAAGUAGAAAAUAUUAGCAACGUGAUGACGACGAAGAUGAUACGACGCGAGCAAUGGUACCAUAUGAGGUACUUCUGCCAAUGUGCGGUGGUGGCGGUGAUGAGAUCAUUUUGAUGGGCCUGAGUUUUCUUGCACUCCAUGAACUCUCAAUGUCUAUAUCUGCGUGUUAUGUAUGUAUAUAUAAAUUUUGUUGAUAGCGUUGUGUGAUAGUAGUUGCUGCUAUAUUCCUGGUGAAGAAGCUGCUUCAGUUCAGGACAUGGCUUAGUGUGUAAUUAGAGAGAGUCAGAAACAUGGAAGAGGUACAAAGCUUCAUAUUAUAUCAUGGAUCCGAAAUACAUACAUACAUACAUACCUAUCUACUGUAUUUCUUUAUAUUUAUAUUACAUGUACGUAACUUUAUUUAUCUUUAUAUGUGUGUACAUAUAAAUUAUAUGCA